GUUUGAAUGUGUUGGCGUAAAUUAACCUUGAUGGAUCAACUCCAAGGUCUAAUAUCUUCUGUAUCUCAAUCUGUAAACCUGAGGAAGUAUGACGUACUUUGUCCAAGAUAGCAUAAAAAGCCACGUUGAGUUAGUGGAAAAGCAACAUUCCAUUGACAGUCUAAUCAAAGAGAAGAUUAACCAGAUUGGAUCGGAUGAGAAUCCCUUCUUUAUUGGCGAUCUAGGAGACAUUAUCAGAAAACACAGGAUUUGGCAAAAAUGCUUGCCAACAGUUGUACCAUUCUAUGCAGUGAAAUGUAAUGAUUUUUAUCCUGUGCUGAGGCUAAUGGCAGACAUGGGGCUGUCCUUUGAUUGUGCAAGCAAGAUUGAAAUACAGAAAAUUCUGGAUCUUGGAGUUGAUCCGACCAGAGUUAUAUAUGCCAACCCAUAUAAACAGUUAUCAUCUUUGAGAUACGCCUCUGAUAAUGACGUAGCUAUGAUGACAUUUGAUUGUGAAGAUGAACUAGAAAAGAUCAAAGAAGUUUAUCCUGCCGCAAAACUGGUAUUGCGAAUAUGUCCACAGUCAAACCACAAGGUACAACAUCCUUUAAAAAGGAAGUUCGGGUGUCAUCCUUUGAAAGCAUCACAGCUGCUUGAAUUUGCAAAGAAACUGAAAUUAAACGUAAUUGGUGUAAGUUUCCAUGUUGGAAGUGGUUGCCAGGAAGCUGCAGCUUAUGAAGCAGCUAUUGAGGAGUCAAGAUAUGUAUUUGACAUAGGACUUGCUAUGGGGUUCGAUAUGACACUGCUGAACAUAGGUGGAGGUUAUCCCGGACGAAACGUCCAAAAUGAUAAAAACACAUUUAAAGAGAUAUCUUGCCUAGUGAAUAAAUCGUUGGAGAAAUAUUUCAAAGGGAAUGAUGUCAGAAUAAUAGCUGAACCUGGACAGUUUUACGUAUCUUCCGCUUUUACAAUAGCAACCAAUAUCAUAGCGAAGAAAAAUGUUGAUAAAGAAAUUGAAAAUAUAACACCUGAUGGUGAAUUACAUGGUUACAGAGAUACACUGUAUAAACAAAUUAGAAUGUAUUAUGUCAAUGAUGGAAUUUAUGGAUGCUUUUUUGACUGUCUUCUCUACCCUGGCUGGUUCGUUCCAUCACAUUUUAAGGACGACGACGAAAAAGUGUAUGACAGCACAAUAUGGGGACCGACUUGCGAUGCUGUAGAUUUAAUUAUUGAAAACAUCAAACUACCAGACUUAAAAAGGGGAGAGUGGAUUUUCUUCAAGAAUAUGGGAGCAUAUGCAUUCCAAUGUGUGACAUCUUUCAAUAGCAUGCCAAAAGUCAAAGAAUAUUUCAUAUGUAAAAGAGUGUUAUGGGAGGAAAUAUAUCCACUAGAGCAAAGUCGUCUCAUCAAGACAACACAAGGGGAAUGAUGAGCACAUUGACUGAUGUCGAAUAAAUAAAACAUUCACAACUUGUAAUAACUGAUCUCAAUCUUGCAAAAUGAGGUCAGACGUGCCAUUGUAUAUACAAAAAAACUAUAGAUAUUUUUAGUUCUGGUAUUUUAUUGGACAAAAUGUAACCAAUUGAUAAUAUGGUUUUAAAUGUAUACAAUAAAUCGUACAACACUU